AUGGUCCUUGACCAAUGCAAAAUUCCAUGGAAACUUCACAAAGACAUCACCCUUAUCCAAAAGAUAGUAAGGCAGCACAAUAUCAAGGUCAUGCACUGUUAUAGAGAAGGGAAUGGAGUCGCUGAUCUUCUUUCCAAGCAUGCUAAUUCUGUGACUCGCAGCGUUAUUUACACUAAUGAGAAUGACCUCCCUCCUGAAAUUAGAGAUGUUGUUAGAGUUGAUAGAAUACAAGUUCCAGCCUUCAGGUUAAAGGCAAAGAAACACUCAGGAUGGUUAAGAUAUCCAUGGGGCUUAAAUUCAGUAAGAUGGGUUGGAAUUGGAACUGGUGGAAGUACCAUGGUUAUAUGGUCCAAACCGGAAGGCAACUUCUGGAAGCUAAACACUGAUGGGAGCUACAUUGCUAAUCAAGGCAAGGUUAAAGUUGGGGACAUUGAUAGGAACAAAAAUGGACAUAUGGUGAUGGCCUUUGCGUCACCAGUCCAAUUCUUGACGAACAACUAUUCAGAGGUCCAAGCAGCCUUACAAGAAAUACAGUGGUGUUGUGCUCGAAAUUGCUUCAACUUUACCUUGGAGAUAGAUUCGCUACUGGUUGUAAAUAUGGUCCUUGACCAAUGCAAAAUUCCAUGGAAACUUCACAAAGACAUCACCCUUAUCCAAAAGAUAGUAAGGCAGCACAAUAUCAAGGUCAUGCACUAUUAUAGAGAAGGGAAUGGAGUCGCUGAUAUUCUUUCCAAGCAUGCUAAUUCUGUAACUCGCAGCGUUAUUUACACUAAUGAGAAUGACCUCCCUCCUGAAAUUAGAGGUGUUGUUAGAGUUAAUAGAAUACAAGUUCCAGCCUUCAGGUUAAAGGCAAAGAAACACUCAGGAUGGUUUUUGCAGUUAAGUGAAGAAAAAUAUCUUCUCUUUCUCUGCCUCAUGUCUCAGCUGAUUGAACGGAAUAUAGAACUAAAAUUGGUGUAUAUAUCAGGCAAUACACAAGACAUAUUGCAAAGCCAUUUUCACAAGAACAUUAAAUUUGGAUUCAUGCUUAUAAUCCUAAUGAUGGUUUCAAUGGCUAUCUCCAUAUUUACUUUUGUGGUUCUAACAAUAAGAGCAGCAAGAAGAGAAAUGUAUUUGUGUGCAGCACUUAUAAAGCAAAUGGAAGCAACUCAACAAGCAGAAAGGAAAAGUAUGAACAAAAGCACUGCAUUUGUUCUUGCAAAUCAUGAUAUUAGAGCUUCUCUUGCUGGAAUUAGUGGAUUAAUUGAGAUGUGUCGUGCCAAUGCUUCGCCAAAAUCCGAAUUGCAGAAGAAUUUGAAUCAUAUGGAAACUUGCACAAAUAAUCUUUUAGCAAUAUUGAAUUCUAUUCUUGAUCAAAGCAAGAUUGAAGAAGGGAAGAAGCAACUUGAGCAAAAAGAAUUCAACAUGGAAGAUCUACUAGAAUAUGUUGUCAACUUAUUUUAUCCAAAAGGAGCAAUGAAUAAUGUAGAUGUGAUACUAGAUCCAUGUGAUGGCUCUAUCAAAAGAUUUUCUCGCGUUAAAGGAGAUAAGACAGAACUAGAACGGAUCUUGACUAACUUGUUGAGUAAUGCAGUUAAAUUUACCUCAGAGGGGCACAUUACUCUUCGAGUUUGGGCUCGAAAACCUGGUUUUGAUCAAAGCUCCAUUAGUUCUGCUCCAAAUACAAGUAAUUCUGGUAUUGGUUGUAUGUUAUGUUUACUUUUGCACAAUAAUAAUGAAGUUUCUGCUGAAUUUCAAGUACAUAAAAAAGUCGAGAACGAUCCCAACUGCGUGGAAUUCAUAUUCGAGGUGGAAGAUACAGGGAAAGGAAUACCUAAAGAGAAACAUAAGUCUGUAUUUGAGAAUUAUGUUCAAGUGAAUGAGACGACUUCUAACCACGAACAACCAGGCACUGGCUUAGGCCUCAGCAUUACUCAGUCUUUGGUACAUUUGAUGGGAGGCGAAAUAAGUAUCGUCGACAAGAAUAUUGGUGCAAAGGGCACUUGCUUUAGAUUCAACAUUUUCCUGAUAUCAUGUGAUCAGCCUCAACAACAUCAAGCAUUUAGUGUUAAUAAUGCAAGAGAAGAUUUGGAGUCACAUUUUGGAGGUUAUAUAUCUAGUGAUCACUCCUAUCAUUAUUCAGUAGCAAGUAGUAAUAGUAUCACUAGCCAUCAGAAACCAGAAAGUUCUAGUACUGUCAUUCUUUUCAUCAGGGAGGAGGAAAGAAGCCGAGUUCUUCGUAGAUUCGUGACGCGGAUCAUAGGCUUAGAGGUACAUGUGGCGAGGCAACACGAGCAAUUUUCACAUAAGCUCAAGAAGGUAAAAAAGGAAAUUAUCAACUUUUCAUCAUACAACUCUGCCUCCUCCUCCUCAGGGAAAUCAAAGGAAAUUCCUCUCGGUGCUUUAGAAGGAACAUAUGAUGAUCAUAUCCCGUCGUUUCAUAGGAGGGAAAGAGGACUUAAUUCUAAGAGCGCGCUUAUAAGAUUCAUCGUGAUUAUAAUUGACACAAGUGCUGGCCCUAUUCGAGAAAUAACUCGAGCUAUGGCUGAAUUUCGAAAGGACUUUCCCAAGAAUGUUUCCCUUCGAGUUGUUUGGCUCGAUAAACCAGGGCUAGAUGAUGAUAAGCUACCUUCAACAGAUAUAAUCCUGACAAAACCACUACAUGGUUCUUGUUUAUAUCAUGUGCUCGGAUUUGUACCAGAGUUCGGAGAUAAGAUUUUACCAACUGUCACACAAGAAACAAAGGAUGAAACAACUUCAAGAAUGAGGAUUCAGCAACCUCCAAUGAGGUCCAGAAGUCCACCCUUAGAAGCGAAAAGAGAGGAUGUUUCUGUUGAUGUUAAUGGAAGUUCUAAUAACAACUUACCUUUAACAGGAAAGAGAAUUUUGGUGGUUGAGGAUAACGCGAUAUUACUUAUGGUUUGCAAAAGAAUGGUUUCUCAGCUUGGUGCAACCAUUUACACAUGUAAAAAUGGUGAACAAGCUCUAGCUCAUAUUCGCACAGGCCUUAGUGAUCAACGCGAUAUAGGACCGUCUACUCCUUCACCACCAUUUGAUUAUAUUCUGAUGGAUUGUGAGAUGCCAUUGAUGGAUGGAUUUGAAGCAACCAGAUGCAUUAGGGAAGAAGAAGCGCGAUAUGGUAUUCGAAUUCCUAUUAUAGCUUUAACAGCUCAUUCAGCAGAAGAAGAGAUCAUAGCUAAGAUAUUUCAAGUUGGAAUGGAUUAUUACUUACCUGAUAAACGAAUCGACCGUGAUGAGCUUUUGAAAGCCAUAGAUUAUAUAGAGCAUAGAAAUGUUUAA